GCCUAGGGGCCACCAGAGGAGGGGAGAAGAGGAGGAGGACAAAGUGGAGAGGGAGGAGAUGGAGCAAUCCCUUAUGUGAUCAUUCCAUCAACUCACAGCUUUUCACCUAACAUCCGGUUCAACUGUAAUGUGGUCAGCUCCAUAUCACCUGUACAGCGUCUGUGCCCUCUCCCUCAAACUCAGCAAAAUCUUACGGUCCUCUAAUCAAGAGAGUUUUGCUCCUGUUGCUGCAUGUCUCGUGGUUCACCGUCAGACCUGUGAGUUGAUACUUCUUCACCAAAGGGCUCUCCGGAGCAACCGUCUAGAGGAAUCAUUAACCAAUGGCAACAGGAAUCCAAGGAUAAAGUGAUUUCCCUCCUGUUAACUCAUCUGCCUUUGCUGAAGCCAGGAAACCUUGAUGCAAAAGUAGAGUAUAUGAAACUGCUGCCCAAAAUCCUGGCGCACUCUAUUGAACACAACCAGCACAUUGAGGAGAGCAGGCAACUGCUGUCCUAUGCUUUGAUACAUCCGGCCACUUCGCUGGAAGACCGCAGCGCGUUAGCCAUGUGGCUGAAUCACUUGGAGGACCGCACAUCGACCAGCUUUGGUGGCCAGAACCGAAGCCGCUCGGACUCUGUGGAUUAUGGGCAGACACACUACUAUCACCAAAGACAGAACUCCGAUGACAAGCUCAAUGGGUGGCAGAACUCUCGGGAUUCUGGGAUUUGCAUCAAUGCCUCCAACUGGCAGGACAAAAGCCUGGGGUGUGAGAACGGCCACGUGCCCCUCUACUCCUCCUCAUCUGUCCCCACCACAAUCAAUACAAUUGGAACCAGCACAAGUACAAUUCUCUCAGGCCAGGCACACCACAGCCCUUUGAAACGAUCUGUGUCCCUUACCCCACCCAUGAAUGUGCCAAACCAGCCUCUAGGCCACGGAUGGAUGUCUCAUGAGGACUUACGAGCUAGAGGACCCCAGUGCCUCCCAUCCGAUCAUGCCCCCCUGUCUCCACAAAGCAGUGUAGCCUCUUCAGGAAGUGGUGGGAGUGAACACUUAGAAGAUCAGAACACUGCUCGUAACACAUUCCAAGAAGAAGGUAGUGGUAUGAAAGAUGUUCCAGCCUGGUUAAAAAGUCUCCGCCUGCACAAGUACGCUGCGCUUUUCUCCCAGAUGACCUACGAGGAAAUGAUGGCCCUUACCGAGUGCCAGCUGGAGGCUCAGAAUGUUACCAAAGGUGCAAGACACAAAAUUGUCAUCAGUAUUCAGAAGCUCAAAGAAAGACAAAACCUCCUGAAGUCUUUGGAAAGGGACAUCAUCGAGGGGGGCAACCUGCGCGUCCCACUCCAGGAACUGCACCAGAUGAUCCUGACUCCUAUCAAGGCCUACAGCUCCCCGAGCACAACCCCCGAGGCUCGCCGCCGGGAGCCCCAGGCUCCGCACACGCCCUCGCUGAUGGGUCCUGAGGGCCAGAGCCCUGAUGGCAAAGACAGUGCCUCGGCCACCGGGGUCCCAGCAACCACCUCGGCUGGGGCCAGCGGGGGGCUGCAGCCACACCAGCUGAGUAGCUGUGAUGGGGAGCUGGCCGUCGCCCCGCUGCCGGAGGGGGAUCUCCCCGGGCAGUUCACACGUGUCAUGGGGAAAGUGUGCACACAGCUCUUGGUCUCCAGACCUGAUGAGGAAAAUAUAAGUUCCUAUUUACAGCUCAUAGACAAAUGUCUAAUUCAUGAGGCAUUUACAGAGACUCAGAAAAAAAGAUUGUUGUCAUGGAAACAGCAGGUGCAGAAGCUCUUUCGGUCUUUCCCUCGGAAAACCCUUCUAGACAUAUCAGGAUAUCGACAGCAAAGAAACCGCGGCUUUGGGCAGUCCAACUCCCUCCCGACAGCCGGCUCUGUUGGCGGUGGUAUGGGCCGGCGGAACCCGCGCCAGUACCAGAUCCCCUCCCGGAACGUCCCAUCCGCCCGCCUCGGCCUCUUGGGCACCAGUGGAUUCGUCAGCUCCACCCAGCGCAGCACCGCGGCCAACCCCACCAUCAUGAAGCAAGGAAGACAGAACCUAUGGUUCGCCAACCCUGGGGGCAGCAACAGCAUGCCGAGCCGCACCCACAGCUCAGUCCAAAGGACCCGCUCGCUGCCCGUGCACACUUCUCCACAGAAUAUGCUGAUGUUCCAGCAGCCAGAAUUCCAGCUUCCUGUGACUGAACCUGACAUCAACAACAGGCUGGAGUCCUUGUGCCUCAGUAUGACCGAGCACGCCCUGGGAGACGGGGUUGACCGGACCUCCACAAUCUAGAAGCUGAAGAUGAGAGUGACCGCGCUGGCCGUGAAAUCGACUGCUGCGGGUCCAGUGUCAGCCAUCUUCAGGGUUGCACAGAAUCCUCCGAGAUACUUUGCAGCCUUUUUUUUUCCCUGGUCCCUCUCCCAUUUUGAUUUUGUGAGAGCGUAGGUCGUCCUUGUAAACAUAUCAGUAGACCGGGGACUGGUUAUUUUGUCAUUUGUUUCUGUCACGGGAUGGCUUGGUGUGCGGGGUGGGGAGGGGUCUCUAGGGAAAGGUGGGGCCGGGAGGGGAUGGAGAGGGAAGGCAAGUGGCUUCCUGGAUGGAGAGAGGGGGAGAAACGAACAAAAGAGUACCGCUGGCAAAGAGCUGGGAGAGACGAGGGAGGGAGGCUGAACCCUGGGCCCAGGCGCCCCUCACAGCCCGCCUCCGUAGUCAGGCCCCAGGACGCUGUCGUGGGCGAGUGCGACCAAAGCAAGAUGGCGGCCCGCCCUCCCUGCCGCCAGGACCGGCUUUCCCUGAGGACCCGGCUUGGAGUCGAGCCGCAGCAGAGGGCCGCACGGCCCCGGCGGCAGAGCGGGGGGAAUGUUCCCUCCAACAAAAUUUCAGAGAAACUUUGAUUUGUGUAUUGUUUACAUAACAAUUUUAAAGGGUACAUAAUGUGUAAAGAGUUUGGAUAGAACUUCUCUUCAUACUAUGGUUUUUGUAAAGGAUUUGUUGAUAUGGAUUCAUUUCUUUCCUCUAUUUUUAUAAUAGCAGCAGGGUUGUCUCUCAAAAUGGCUGCGAAGCCGCGCUUGCCGGGAAGGCGGACGCGUCACGUAGGCCGAGGAGGCGUCGGUCUUUCCACCGCGGCCGCGCUCUGCAAACAGGUGGGCUGGUGGGGAGAGCACGUGACCGGAAGCGCGGGGAAGGACCGCACCGUGUGUGUGAUCAGUUAGGGUCAGCUCGCAGGUCACCGUGAGACGCUGAAAGAAUCCUGCGGCCCCUUUCUGGGCUGGAUUUGCUUCCUCUUCCUCCCCACCCUAUGGUGGGGUUUCAUCCUAUCGCCCUCUGCCUCACUUCACACACACACACAUACACGGGUUCAGGUUCCACACACACACACACACACACACGUGGGUUCAAGUUCCACUGGAGGAAAAAUGACAAGGACCGACAUUUUUCCCUUGCGAAAGGCCUUCAUGUCAGAUCAGGAGCUCAAAAGACCACUUCCACUGCGAUUGCGCAGAGGGACCUGAGCCUGGGGGCCGCGUCCCCCUGGCUCGCUCACUGCUGAGGAAGGGGAGGAGAGCCAGACCCAGGACAGUGUCUAAGGGUGAGUCAGUCAGCAAGUGGCAGAGAGAGCGUGUAGGGAGACGUGCAGUCCACGCGGCAGGGCGGGCUGUGAAGGAAGAUGUGAGGAAGGGCGGCUUCAGGAUGCAAACGUGGUUCCCUCCACGUGUACGUCAGGGGUUCGCUGUGUCGUCGAUCGGGCGGCACAGAAGAGCGAGAAAACCAGCCCUGACCUGGCGAGAUAUUAACAAACUGUGCUACCGCGAAGUAAUAGCUCUGUUUCUUAAGGGCAAGAAAGACUAUGUUUGGGAUUCGAGGCAAUGGAGGGUAUUAAAGGAAAUCAAAGAGGAGUUGUGCUUUGCACUGGAAAAUUGGUUUGUGUAAAUGAUGGUAUGAAUGCUCCGCCAGAGGCGAGAGCGGGGAGACGAUCUAAGGCCUGUUUAUUAAAUGGGUGAGUCUGGUGCCGUUGCUUUCGGCGAAGGCAGCGUCGAAAUUGGAGAGAUUGGACCAUGAAAAUCACUGUGCUUGCCUACGGUUAUUUUAAAAAAAAAAAAAAAAAAAAAUUAAUGAAGUAAAUACAGAUUUAAAAGGCCUUAAUGAAAUUUAAACAACUUUCUUUUACCUUCAAGAUUGAAAAUGUGCACCCCGUUCAGCCUUGCUUUUGAAGUUUUCUAAGGUUUAAAAAGGUGGGAGCAUCUUAACCGUAGAGAGCCUUUAGCAAGGGAAGGGGGCUUGAACCUACCACAUCACAUUUUGCGUUAAGACAGACCGACCUCCCCUUCGGGGACUACAUUCUAAACAUGCAAAUCCAUGUGCAGAAAGGGGCAGCAAUUUUUAGUGUGUUUUGUUUUUGGUUUUUGUUUUUUUGUUUUUUUAACCAAGUGCCAUUAACAUUCAUCCUCCACACCCCUUUUCUAAACAAGCUUCCUGUUGCUUGGGGAAUGUGUUGGGAUGGACGAUCACAUGUAAGGCAGGAAGAAAAGAUCAAAAAUGUCGAAGGCCAAAGGUAAGACCAGAGGGUUUGUGAAGGUGAUUUUUGGAUGCUAAGAAAGUUAAUAAAGAGAAGAAAAAGCAAAGGUAUUACACAUCUUGUGGGGAAAUGAGAAAGCACUCAGAUCUGCUGCAAAACACAUAUAUCCAUAAAGACUUGGGUUGUUCAGAAAACAGAUUGUGAACACAAUCACAUUAGCAUGAAUCCUUUAAAAGGAAGAAGACCUUAAAGUAUUUGCAAAUCUGGAUUUCUAUUUAUUCCUUCACUGAAUAUAGAAACAAUGGUUAUCUGAUUAUUAGAGAUAUUAUUUUGGAUAUGUUACUUAUUAACUUGCUAUGGCUGGUAACCAUGAUAAAGUCUGUUAUUAAUAACAACAUAAUUCUUUUCUUAAAAAAAAGAAAAGCUUAUUUUUCUUUGACUGUGUAUAGAUUUAUCUACUUAGUUGUGUUUUGCUAUUAAUGUUUCAAUUUUUCUUUUUUUUAAGUUGAGUGUUCUGAUAAAUUUUAGGAGCCUGUCCCCACCUUGUUUUGAGUCCUGUGUUGACUGCAGGUAUACAGCUCAAUUUUAAAAUCCUAAAGCAAAAGAACUUUAUUUAUAAAAAAAAAAAAAAAAUCAAACAGUUGCAUGCGUAAGGCUGUGAAGUCGGAUAUUUAGUAAUAAAGCGGCAGUGCCUUUUUUUGUAUUUACCCAUUGACCCCCAAAUGCAACUGUUUUAUAUUAAUAGUAAACGUUAAAAAAAUCUUAGAGGAAAAUCUAUUUCACUACAUGUUUCCCCCCCUUUUUCUGAUUUAAGCAGUAUGUAUUUGGCACCUCUACACUGUCCUAGGGACAGUGGUGGUCUAUGAUAUUGUUACCAUGUAUGAUGUUUUAUUGGUGCUUUUUAUUCAUAGUGGUUUCUUACCAGAAACAGUAGGAAGACACACAUGAACUGUGUACAAGAAUUGAAACAUUGCUGCUCAUAAUGUGUCUUUUUCCACACGCUUUUUGAGUUUCACUUUUUGAACAAGGGCCAGCAAGCAAAAUAGACGCUGCUGGGUCUGCCUGCAGAGGGCGGCUGUUUGCACCAAGCUCUCAAAUCCUGUGUAUUGAUGGUCCCUUUUUGGUACUCAGGAUUGGAACUACAGCUGGGCCCCCAUCUCCCAUUCCUUUGAAGAGACACUGAGGGAAACAAGGUUUUCUUUUGAGGUGUCAUUGGCUGCCUUUUACGGAAUGGGAGCCUUCUCCGGGUCCUGUGUUCUUCUGCACCUCUUGUAGCGACUGCCAGUGCAAGGUUUGUAGACGUGCAUUCCCCAGUUAGCACCGGGAGUCCCCCAAAAGCCUGGGCUGGGGGACCGAGCUGGGCUGAAUGCAUAGGCAUGCAACCAGAAGGGCAGCGAGGGGCAGAAAAGUAGGUCCCAGUCUCGUUGACCCUCUGGAGAUGUCUGCAGCAGGGAGCUGCGGCUUGGGUACAGGGAAGCAGCCUGACCAAGGCAUUCAGGCGUGCCUGUUACAAGAAGGACCUGCGGAAGGAUCAUUUGCACAUGGGGCUGUGAUAACACUAAUGUUGAUUUUUUUUUUUUUACAAGUCAUCAGAGAUGUUUGCAAAGUGAGUUUUAUUUUUUUGUAAUUCCUUUAUCUUUACUUAAAGGUGAAUGUGUAUUCCUCUGGGAGGAAUAGGAAGAAAACAGGAAUGUUAAUAAUGUCAAACAGAAGACUUCCUCCCUUAUUAAUAUAUAACCCUCAUGUAUUUAUGCCUAAUGUAAGCUGACUUUUAAAAAGCUUUCUUUUGUUGCAUGCCCCGUGCAGGCAUCCCUAUUGUACAUGCAUGCCUCUCGUCCUGUUUUCCUGUAUAAAGUUAGUGAACAAAGAACUAUUUUUGCCUAGUUCAUGUUGCCAAGCAAUGCAUAUUUUUUAAAUUUGUCAUAUAUGGAAAUAGCAUGUUUGUUACAUGUAAAGCUUUACUGAUAUACAGAUAUACUAAUGUUUGAAGAUGCUGUUCUUUGCAAGUGUACAGUUUUCAAAUGUUGUUACCAGUGAAACACCCUUGUGGUUUAAACUUGCUACAAUGUAUUUAUUACUCAUUUCCUCCCAUGUAACUAAGAAUCAUGGCUAUAUUUCAUAUCAACGUUAUAUUGAAAGUGAAGGGAAAUGAUUAAUACAAGGUUUUGUAACA